CGGUUCCCAGCGGGUGGGACUGGCGAGUCUGAUCCCUACCUGACGGCCUUUUUGGCGGCCUGGCCAGGCUGUGCGGGGUGGUAGGGCAAGACACGCGGCUCCCAGUUCUCCCCGGCGCCUGCACCGGCCCCGGGCCUCUCGCGCUCCGCUCCGGGCUGCACCGAGUUGGGCCGGCGCGCCGCGUUGGUGUUGCCGCGCGGCGGCAGCUCAGAAUCUCCGGGUUGGGGCGGCCCUGGGCCACAAGGCUCCUCCACCCAGGUGACGCUGAGCAGGCUCAGAGUGAAGCCCAGGGAGAUGCCCACGGCCACGGGCCCUGCGGGCCGCAGCACCGACAACAGCAGCGAUGCCCGCAUGGCGCCCGGACCGCGGGCCCCCGGCCCUGGAGCAGCCCCAGAGCAGCAAGAGGAGGCUUCGAGGGGGCGGGACCGGGGAGGGGGCGGAUCCGGAGGGCCCGAGCCAAGCGGGCGGGCCCCCUCCCUCCCCGCCGAGCAGAGCCCGCGGCCCGAGCCGAAUCCCCUGCGCCUCGUUCCGAUCGCCCUCCAGCCGCCGCUCGGUACCGCGCGGGUCCCGGCGCUGGGCGCGGGAGCCUCAGCCGAGGCCGCCGCUGUCCGACGUGUCACUGCGAGGGCCCCGCCCCCGGGGUGGGGUCUCGGGCUCCGGCUACCGGAGAGGGAGGAGAAGGGGGAGGUUAAAGGGGAAGGACCCCCGGAAGUGCCCCCUCCUCAGUGCGGGAGAGGCACAGACGUCGGGGGCGGAGUCCCCUACCUCCCCCCGGCGUGGUUGGUGCGUCCCGUGUGACGUCAGAAGCAGCCCGCCCCUGCCUGGAUGGUGCGUCCUGAGUGACGCCCAGCCUAAGUGCCCGGACGUCGCGGGACUGGAGUGCCAGCCGGUGUUGGAGGCGGAGCGGCGUCGCCGCCGUGCAGGGACCGGUCCCUACGGCCCAGCAGCCCCCUUCUCCUCACCGCGGACUUUUACCGGACACCAGUCAGCUGGAGCCUCUGGCGCCCGGCAGCCCCGGCCGGAGAGCCUCCUUCGCUCAGAAGCUCAGGUCGCCUCCAGCCCAGGCUGACGUGGGAGGGUGACUGCCUACUGUUCCCAGCACUAUGCCAGGCACUGCGGCGACACUUCGGUUCCAGCUGCUGCCCCCCGAGCCAGAUGAUGCCUUCUGGGGUGCACCCUGCGAACAGCCCCUGGAGCGCAGGUACCAGGCACUGCCAGCCCUCGUCUGCAUCAUGUGCUGUCUGUUUGGAGUCGUCUACUGCUUCUUCGGUUACCGCUGCUUCAAGGCAGUACUCUUCCUCACUGGGUUGCUGUUUGGCUCGGUGGUCAUCUUCCUGCUGUGCUACCGAGAACGGGUGCUGGAGACGCAGCUGAGUGCCGGGGCGAGUGCAGGCAUCGCGCUGGGCAUCGGGCUGCUCUGCGGGCUGGUAGCUAUGCUGGUGCGCAGCGUGGGCCUCUUCCUGGUAGGGCUGCUGCUCGGCCUACUGCUCGCCGCUGCCGCCCUACUGGGCUCCGCGCCCUACUACCAGCCAGGCUCUGUUUGGGGCCCCCUGGGGCUGCUGCUGGGGGGCGGCCUGCUCUGCGCCCUGCUCACGCUGCGCUGGCCCCGCCCGCUCACCACCCUGGCCACCGCCGUGACGGGUGCCGCGCUUAUCGCCACGGCUGCCGACUACUUUGCCGAGCUGCUGCUGCUGGGGCGUUACGCGGUGGAGCGUCUGCGGGCCGCCCCCGUGCCCCCCCUCUGCUGGCGGAGCUGGGCCCUGCUGGCACUUUGGCCCCUGCUCAGCCUGAUGGGCGUUCUGGUGCAGUGGCGGGUGACCACAGAGCGGGACUCCCACACAGAAGUGGUCAUCAGCCGGCAGCGCCGUCGUGUGCAGCUGAUGAGGAUUCGGCAGCAGGAAGGGCGCAAGGAGAAGCGGCGCAAGAAGAGACCCCCCAGGCCCCCCCCGAGAGGCCCCCGGGCUCCUCCACGGCCUGGGCCCCCUGACCCUGCUUACCGGCGCAGGCCAGUGCCCAUCAAACGCUUCAACGGAGACAUCCUCUCCCCGAGCUACAUCCAGAGCUUCCGGGACCGGCAGACAGGGAGCUCGCUGAGCUCCUUCAUGGCCUCGCCCACAGACGCGGACUAUGAGUACGGGUCCCGGGGACCGCUGACGGCCUGCUCUGGGCCCCCCAUGCGGGUAUAGCAGUCUCUCUGCUCCUGCCCGCCUACACUCAUCGGUCACCAGCUCUGCCAGCUUGGGGAGGCCCGCUGGGCCAUGACUCAGCCCACCUGGCCCUGUGGCCUUUGGCUGUCUCUUUCCCCACCCUGGAGAGGGAUGGCCUGGCCGCCAGAAGGGAGGACCUAUCUCAGGCUCGGCCUGAGGGGAGAGCCUCCUCCCAAGCUCCCGAGGGGCUCCUGAGGGGCUCCUGAGGGACGCAAGUGUGAGCCCCGCUGGGGUGUGCUCAGGGUUGUGAGUGUGUCGCCUGUGUGUGCGUGCGUGGAGGGGUGGGCUCGGAGAGGACACUGGGACCCCUGCCUUAGAUUUCUGACUGGUGGGGCUUCUCCGAGGGUGGCCCUGCCUCCUCUCCCACUCCUGGGGUCCCAUGGGCUACUCUCCUGCAUGUCUAAGUGGAGGAGGUCUACCUUCCUCCCCCAUCGCCUCCACCUCUCAGCCAGACUCAUCUAAGACUUCUGGUCCUUGUCCAUGGGGCAAACUGCAGCAGCCCUCACCCUGGUCCCCUGUCUUCUGCAAGCCACCAGCCUGAGGGCAGUGGCAGGGAAUGGGGUGGGCGGGU